AUGAAAUCUCUUAGUGAUGCUUUAAAUUUAAAAUCGCAUGAACCAGCAAGAAUUCUAAUCAUUUCUAUUGAAAAUACUCAGAAUGAAGCUGAUUGGCUAUUUAAUUCAAUUCCAGUCUUAAAUUCAAUUCCAAAUAACGCGAUUAUAUAUCGAAUUACGUUAAGCGAAUCAAUUGCAGAUUAUACAUCAUUUACUGCUCAAUUUGGAUACUUUCAACCUACUUCAUUAUUCGUUUUUGGUCCACAUUCAACUCAGAUUUCGAAAUGCUGGAUAUCAAAUUACCCAAAUCCAGAAGAAUUUGCAAGUUACUUAGCAGAAAUAAGAAUUGAUUCAUUCCAACAAUCAGAAUUAAUUGAAAAUAACGAAAAAUCUGCAAAAAAGGUUAUUAUCUAUGCUCGCGGUCAAAAAUUUUCAAAAAAUCAUACAUUUUAUGAGACAGAUAGUGUAUCUGUAUUACAUAAAUGGCUUGAUGAAGAGUUUGGACCAGGAAAUAAUUUUAAAAUUAGUACCUCAUCUGAAUUACUUCCAAAAGACAGUAAUUUGUCAUUAGCUAACUUAGGGAUAGUACAUAGUGCUGUGCUUUUCCAAGAAUUUACAAGAUCAAAACCAAAUAAGAUUGAAAGGAUUAAUACAUCAUGUAACUUCUCGAUAUCAAGAUUUCUAUCCAAGAUAUACAUGCUCUUUCAGUUUUGCAAUCCAUUUUCAAACUUUUCCGACGAAGAUGAGUGCUUUUUCAAUAAUAUCUUUGAAUAUCAUCCUUCUACUAAUCCUGAUAUCGCUGCUGUUCUUUCAGAGAAUAUAUUGCACGGAAACUUAUAA